AUGGGCGACACCAAGCUUUCCAUCUCUACUCUUCUUCGACAGCAGCGGCAGCAGGCCCUUGAUACUCUCAAUCGUAUUGAGCCUCAGCAGAAGCAGAUGGAGCUUUCCCGCGAGAAGGAGAUGGAGGACCUGAAGCGUGAGAAUCAACGCCUUUGCUCAGAGAACCAGACACUCCAAUACCAAAUCGACUGCUCUCGCUCUGAAAGCGCCAAAGUCACUACAGCAGUCGCGCCUCAAUCAGCUGUGCCUGCCGCCAUGACCCAGACCGCAUCUAACAUGAUGUCUCGAGAAUUCCAACAGAUCGCCAAGUAUGCUCUGGACUUUGACAUCACCGGUGUCACUACCAGUGAAAUUGGAGUCCUUUGCCAGGUACUGCACACGAAGCCUUGUCGUGAUAAUCUGAAGCGCUUCAUGCAAGCCUAG